AUGGAAGGAGAGCAAGUUAUGUAUACAUACAUUAUAUUUUACAUCGAAGGCGGUGAUAAUUACGACGGGCGCGUAAUCAAGGUAAACAAACACAUCGUUACAUACUUGAGGGGCAAAGACUGGGGGGUAGAAGAAAAAAGAAAGAAAAAAAGCUGGCGGCAAGAAGAAGAAGAAGAAGAAGAAGAAGGCAAGGCAAACCCGACACGACGGUUCCAGACCCCGAAAACCAGGAAAACAGACGGCAUGAAGAUGCUGGGAGAUCUGCCGUUAUCCAGUCAUCAUCAUCAGCAGCAGCAGCAUCAUAUGUCAUCUGCCUUAGCUUCUGGAUACCCUACACGAGGAGAUAUUCAUCAUAUCCCGGACGCUUUGUCGAAAGAUAUGUAA